CUCUCAGCAGCUUCCUGGACCAUUCGGGAUUUUUAAAACGUCAAGUGGUGGUGAACACAAUCUUUAUCAGUAAUAGACAAUAACAAUAACACAGAUAUUACACUGUAUGUGUUUGAUUGAAGAAGGAUGGGACAAUCACCAAGUGGUAGAAAUGAAACUGGCGAUGACAUUCAAGUUUUUAAUGAUUUUGCAGAAAUGAUGGAGGGAUCAUCACCCGAAGUGAGACAAAAGAAGAAUUUUCUUCUAAAACUCUUCAAACCAACAACACUCACACCAACCACAUCAGCAACACUGCGAGCAUUCACUAGUAAUUUAUCGGAUAGUACUAAAACACAGUCAUCAGAGUCGUCGACGAUGAGAACUUCAUUCGAUAAUGUACAGCAGGAUACUAGUAAUGAUUCAUUGGAGGAUGAGGAAUAUCAAUUGACUUCUAUUGGAUCCUUUGUGAGGAAGGAAAAAAGAACAGAACCAUUGAUACCUAGAUCAUUGAAAGAUUAUAAGAAAUUUAAACAUUUCUAUAAAAUUACAUGCAUCAAGGUUGAAAAUAAUCGCAUAUGGACAAGUUCUUUGGAUAAAAACAUUUGUUGCUGGGACAAGGAAACAGGAGAAUGCAUAAAAUUGUUCCAAGGACACACGAAAGCUGUCACUUGCCUAAAGAUUGAUAUGAAAAAUAAUUUAUUAUAUUCUGGUUCAUAUGAUAGAACUGUUCGUGUUUGGGAUAUUGAAACUCAAACAUGUAAACAAGUAUUUGAUUCCAAUGAAAAUUGGAUAACAUGUUUGGCUGUUAGUAGUGAUUACCUGUUUUGUUCUGGAUAUGACAGCUCGAUAUCAGUAUAUGAAUUGAAAACGGGAAAGAAAAUUGCUAAACUCAAUGGACACGUUAAAAAAGUAGAAGAUAUGUUUUAUGAACAUUCUGAAGGUAUACUCUAUACUUCAGGUGCUGAUUGUACAGUGAGAAUGUGGGAUAUUUCAUCUCUCGAAUGUAUCAAAGUUCAUAGUUGUCGGGAGUAUUCACACUACUUUUACAAAGUUGGUUCAAAUAUUUACAUUAGUCAACCACAAAAUAUUUAUUCUUACAAUACUGAAACUAAUAAGGUUAAUCCACCAAUAGUUGGAAUAACUCAAUUUUGUAUAUUUGAAAUAGAUGAAGAUUCUUCAUAUAUUGUUGGCUGGAAUAAGGAUAAGAGACAAUUUGAAUUUUAUGAUACUUAUGAAAUAACUCUUGUUCAUACAAUUCCUCAGGAAACUAUAUUGGAUGCUUCUAAUCUUUCAGUAGAUGCAAAGACAAAGAAACUAUACUUCUCCUCGGGAAUGUUUGUCAAAUUUAUUGAUAUUAGUUCUGUUUUCUCAUUGAACUUGAAAAAUGGAGCUUCACGUCCUGCCUACAUGAACUAUGAAGAAUUAUUCAAUUACUUGGUUGAUAUCCUUUUCUAUCCAGUGACUAAAGUUGCUGAGGUAAUUGAAGAUCUUCAAAAACACAAGUACUUGGACGAGUGCAAAACUCUGGACGAUCAAAUAGAAAAAACAAUUAAAUAUCUCAAACAGCAACAAGAUGAUGAAAGUCUUGGCUCUGAUGUGGAUAUUAUCGAGGAUAUUUACUACAUUACAAAGAAUAAUGAAGUCAGACUUGUGAAAGACAAUCAAGAUCUGUCAGAUAGAAAUAUCUAUUUUGAACUCUCCAUUGUUCCAAAUACUGUCCAAACUAUUGAAGAGAGACUGAAGGCCAUUUCCACCUUAUCAAUGACUCCAAUUGGAGCUGUAGAAUCAUUUUCAUGUAUUUAUACAGACGAUGAACGUGAGAUGGAUUACGAAACGAGAAAAGACUUAUUCUACAAAAAGCUGAAAGCUCUCAAAGGUGAUGGAUUAUUACAACCAACUGUUGUAAUGGUCAGAAGAGACCAAUUGGUAUUUGAUGCUUGUAAAAACUUCUCAGUCCUCAAAGGUGCCGAUUUAUUGAGGCCAAUGUUUGUAUAUUUUGCUGGUGAAGAAGGAUUUGAUGUUGGUGGAGUAACAAGAGAAUUUUAUCAUUUACUUUCCCAACAAAUUCUCAAUCCAAAUAAUGCACUUUUCAUCAAAACAGGUCCUAAUAACACCUACCAUCCAAAUCCUGCUUCAGCUGUCAAUGGAGAUCACUUACAAUAUUUCCAAUUCAUUGGCAAGUUGAUAGGUAAAGCAAUUUCUGAUAACAAGAUUAUGGAUACUCAUUUCACAAAAGUAAUUUUCAAACUUAUGGCUGGAAAACCUGUCAUGUUUGAAGAUUUGGAAGCCGUCGAUCCAACCAUGUACCUCUCCUUGAAAAAGCUUCUCCUCUUGGAGGAUAUUGAAAAUAUUAUGGAAAUGACUUUCACUGCCGAUUUGAAUGAUUUUGGUGAGAAUAAUGUUUACGAACUUUGUUUUAAUGGAGCAGAAAUUGAAGUAAAUGAUGGAAACAAACAUGAAUUUGUUGAGGCAUAUUCCAAAUGGAAACUGGUAGAAUCAGUUCGACCACAAGUCGAAAAAAUGCUUGAAGGAAUUUACGAAGUGUUACCUCCAGAAUUUUUAACUAUAUUUAGCGAGACUGAAUUGGAACUUUUAUUGUGUGGUAGUAGGGAAGUUUCAAUUUCCCAAUGGAAGGACAAUAUUUCAUAUGAAGGAGGAUUUGAUACAGAUCAUCCAACAGUUCAAUAUUUCUGGGAAAUGAUUGAAGGAUAUUCGCAAACACAAAUUGCUCAACUUUUACAAUUUUCAACAGGAACAUCAUGUUUACCAAGUGAUGGAUUUGAAGGAUUGACACCUCCAUUCACUUUAUGUUUAUUAAGAAAUGUGUCGACUGAUCAUUUACCUGUUGCUCACACAUGUCUCAAUAGAAUUGAUAUUCCACCAUAUGAAUCAAAGGAAAUUAUGAAAGAAAGAUUUGGAAAAGCUAUUCGAUAUGGUUCACAAGGUUUUUCUCUUCAUUAAACUUACAACAUUUCAAAU